GUAGUGUCAACUGAUAAGAUAGGUGAUCAAUAUCUUCAACUAGCUGCAAUCUUUUUCUUUGUUCCAUGCUAACCUAAUUUAUAAUAUUAGGAUAUUCAGGCGGAUUUAUUGGUUAUCAAAAAUUCAUUCCUUUUGUAAAAAAAUCCACCAUCACUGAUGUCGAAUUUGGUCGCUGUGCUCGUGUUGUGUUGUACUGUGAUUUCGGCAACUGCAGGGCAAACAAUCAAGAAAUCUGCAGAGUUGGGAAAUGCAGCUGUGUGCAUUGGAUAUACUGCAUAUUUCUUAUGUGACAUUUAUGGAAACCCAAUGCCUCAUUAUGAUUGGUUUCAUAAUGGCGUGAAAAUAAACAAUACCAUGCGUUUUAAUAUGAGACAAACUCCACAAUAUUCAAGGUUGAGGAUCAUUAAUACUAUAGCUACAGAUAGUGGAGAGUACUCAUGUAAGGCCUUUAAUGCAGCUGGAGAUCUAACAUCUUCUGGUCAACUUCAUAUUAGAACAGAUUGCUGAUGAUAUGAAUUGGGAGAAAGUAAAGUUCCGCUUCAUUGAUUACGAUUGUGACAACGACCAAAUGAUAAACUCUAUAGCAUAAUAAUUAGUAUAUUUUA